AUGACAGAAACGAGCAAUUCCGGCGUCCUCGUGAACCGCAGCUCUUUCCGUCCGAUCUCCAAUGCAUACCAAGGUAGGUACCUUCAUCCCUCUCCGGUUCUCGUUCCUCUUGCCCUAUCAAUGCUGACCUAUUUUAUCAUCGUUUUCGGGGCAGAAAAGUUGAGAGAAGCUUGGCCGAUCGUCAAAUCGUUGUUGGAAGAACUCGGGCACUCUUGCUCGAUGGAUAGGGUGGAUUCCACAGUCAUAAUGGAGUCACCAGGCUCUACAGACCCACAUAACAUCCGCAAGGCAAAAUUUCUUUUCGAGCUUUUAUGCAAGACUCCUGUUCCGGCACCUCUGGCAAUAGAGAUGGCACUCCACGGCAGGCAACAUGAUGUCAUCAACCUUGGCACUCAAAAUGGUGGAAUGUGCAAAAAGUAUGGGAUCAACAAGGAGGAAUUCGAUAAAUUCUGGAGAGGUCUCAAAAGCUGUUUAAAGGAACUUGAAGAUCUGACCCACUGUACUCUUUUUCUGAAUAAGGGCACUCUUAUUGCUGUGGGUCCUUCUCCACGAGUACGCUGGGUCAGGAAUGUUUGGAAAUUCUCCAUUACUGGAAAGUUAAGUCCUGCCCAUGUUAUCAGGGUUUUAAACUUGAAGCUGAAACGAACAACCAUGAUGGGCAAUAGCGAUAGAAUGAGGAUAGAGAGGAGUGAUUUCGGCGUCCUUGAGCAGCCAAAAUCUGAUCAUUUGGUUAGCGACCCUUUCCUGAUGAGGGAGAAAAGCAAUUUCAGCGUCCUUGAGCAACCAGAAUCCAAUCACGAAGUUAACGAUCCUCUUCCGGCGGAGAACAGCAAGUGUUUCCAUGCUAUCUCUGCCGAAAACAGAGCCAAGUUGAAUGAAGCUUGGCUGAUGGUCGAAUCGUCCUUAGAAGAACUCGGGUAUUUAUGCGCAAAGAGUACGGUUAAUUCGACAGUCUUAGUAGUAUCACCCUGCCCUACAGACCCAGAUAUCUUGUGCAAGGCAAAGUUUCUUUUCAAGCUUUUGUGCAAGACUCCUGUUCCGGCACCUCUGGCAAUAGAUUUGGCACUGCAUGGCAGGCAACAUGAUCUCAUUAAGCUUGGCAAAGAAUAUCGGAUAACCAAGGAGAAAUUUCACAAACUGCGGAGAUGUCUCAAACGCUCUUUAAAGGAACUUGAAGAUCUGACCCACUGUACUCUUUUUCUGAACAAGAAAACUCUUAUUGCCGUGGGUCCAUCUCCAAGAUUACACUGGGUCAGGAAGGUUUGGAGAUUCUCCAUUACCGGAAAGUUAAGUCCUGCACAUGUUAUCAGGAUUUUCAACCGGCAGCUGAAUCGAACAACAACAACAAUGAUGGGGAACAGCAAUAGUAUGAUGAUGGAGAAGAGUGAUUUCUGCAUCCUUGAGCAGCCAAAAUUCAAUUCCAAAGUUACCAACCCUUUUCCGAUGGAGAACAGCAAUACUAAUAUGAUUGAGAAGAGUGAUUUCUGUGUCCUUGAGGAGCCAAAAGUUGAUCAUGUGCAUCCUUGA